AUGCGCUCAUUCGUUGUCCUUGCCCUUGUGGGCUCAUCCCUCGCUGCACCGUUCCACUUUGAGAAAUACUUCAACGCCAAGUACGAACGCUCUCAGACUCGUCCAAGCAAGCCUUACCCACCUGGCGGUUGGCCUUCAUACCCCACUGGCAGUCCUGUGAUACCGGGUCCUACUGGGACUGGUCUUCCCACAGGUCUUCCAAGCAUCAGCACCCCAAGUAUCCCCAGCGGCACAGGUCUCCCCUCCGGAACCGGCAUCCCCAUUCCGAACCCAACAGACACCUACAGCAUCCUCCCUUACUACCCCACACCUGUCGUUGACCGGCGCGGCUUGGAGAUCGACUACAAGCUUGCGCCGCGCCUUGGCGACGGCGGAUUUAGUGGACAGGGUGAGCUGCCGCACCCGUACCGUCCUCAUGGCACGGGAUACCCUCAUGGGACCGGAUGGCCACAUGGCACUGGAAUGCCGAGUCAUAUCCCGUUCCCUACUGGAACAGGUGGUUUUGGGAGUCCGACAGCAGUGCCUACGCCUCCUGUGUACUAG